AUGUAUUCCGUCGAAGAUUGGACAUCGUGGUGUAACGAGAAAUACCGUUGUACACGAUGUCAUAACAAUGACAAUCCGGUGGAUGACAUGCUGAUGAAAAGGCGAGAAUUCGAAAAUGACACUGGCAGGACUUUGGGUGAAGUGGAAUUGGAAGCGUUUCGUGAAAAUGUACCUCGUCUGAUCAACUGCAUUAAAUGCUAUCAGAAAUAUCACUAUUUCAACAAUGAACCGGAGAAUACAUGGAUUGCAUUGGAGGACGCAGAGAUUCUCGUCCAUUCAUAUGCAAUCCAACGUUAUGUCGAUACAAUCAUUACACCACUUUCUACACUUCUUACUGACGCUUUUAUGCCAAAAAUCGACGCUGCGUCUGUGAAAAUUGAUAAUUUGCUGUCAUCAAUAAGAGAAACGAAUAAUUGUGCAGAAUAUCAAAUAAUUGACAACGGAGAAGUAGAACCCGAAAUGAGCAGCAUCGACACGAAGAUCGAGCCUGAUUGUUAUGAGCUACUAGCUUCUGAAAAGCUCACGGAAAUGAUCGACAAAAUGAGAAAUGGGAUAGAUGUGACAGUGGAUGAAAGAGAGAAAUGGGUGAAGAAGGCGAUCGAAAGGAACAUGAUUCCGGCUGAAUUGACCUCGGAAAAUGAAUUUAUGCUUCAAAUUGGCCGGAUGAUGAAUAUCCUUCAUUCGCCAAUAUUCCGCGCAGUAUUAUCGAAAACCCGCUGCUGGCUCUCACUUGAAAAGAGUCAAGAAUAUCCAUCAGAGAUGGCUGUUUAUGAAUGUGCCGGUGUAUGGAAAGAACAAACGUUUGCGGGUGAUUAUCGGUGGGAGUAUGGGACCAACUGCUCAUCAUUUGUCAUUCGAAGUAUACAGAAACUUUUGAAUGGAGGAACAUUAAGGGGUCAGGGAUCUGACAUCCACCGUGGCCCCUGGCAUUUCCCAUUUAUCGGUGAGAAACAGAGGGCUUUUGAGGAGAAAUAUAAUGUUCGAGUUGUGCUGAUUACAUACAAAGGGUACUGGAGUACUAGCCGAUAUCUCCGGAUCUUCCCGUGCAACAAGCCCGACUCAGUUCUACGCUUUUCGUAUAAAUCGACUCGAUCCUUCAAUAUUUCCAUGGGUUAUCCCUCCAAUUUCGAGAAAUACGAGCAAAUGGAGUUGGACAUCAUCGGAAAAGACGAGACGAUGAAAGUGACAUCGGAGAAGAUGAAUGAAUCGACAUAUAAACGGACAAUGGAACCGGACGAAGAGGGGGGAAAGGCGCUGGUAUGGACGGCAAACUAUCGACCCUCAUUCGAUGAUAUCAAUUGUUUCGAUUGUCUCAAGGGUCCUCUACCAGAUAUGUCUUAUUGUAGUGAAUUCCAUGAAAUGUGC